GACGAGCUGACGAAGCUCGACAGCUUCAUGGUGCUGCGGCGCACCGCUGGCGAUGGGUCUGCGUCUGGAAUCCAGAGGGAGAUGACCCAUUGUGUUCAGGCGCUCUGGCCCACACUGGUGCUUUGGCUUGACUUUCUGCACCCAAUGCACCACGCCCACACGGACCGGCGGGAACUCGUUCCUGUAACGCUUCUCUGCAUCAUGCUCUCUCACUGCUUCGAGCCUGACCCGCCUAUGUACGAGCUGCGCAAACACACGCCACUCCUUUACAAGCUCCUCUUCACCCUCUGGUUGCGCUUCGACAAGUAUAUCACUCCUCGCACCGACAUCCACCUCUGUCUGAUCCGUCUCAACUCCGCUGUGCGCUGGUCGAUGUGGGACAAGCACCGCAAUACGUUCAUGCACGCAGGGAAGACGAUGACUACGGAAGAAAUCAAACAGAUUGUCCAAGAGAACUCAAGUCCGUACUGCGUUCCAGCGGCCCUCGCCGUCGUCGAACAUCAUCCUCGCCGCUUCUAUCGACUCGCGAUGGGGCAACUAGUGCUGCUCGCUGACGCGACGCUCGCCACGCGCAGAGCACAGGCGGUCGACGCCAUGGACGAUGGCAUCAUCGCACUCGGAGAGUUCGCCCGCGAGCUCUUUCCACAGCCUUCACAUUCCCGGGAUGUUGUCGUAGGGCUUAUUCAGGUCACUCGGAAGCUUCUGGACGCGCCGAACAGGAUAGGAUGGACGGCAGCGCGCAACAUCCCCAGCGUGCUCAACUCCAUCUGGGCGACGGAUGAUAGCGGACUCACCGUCGCAUGGGCAUUGCGCGCGGGUGUUCUGCCACUUUUGACAAGGCUGGAGGCGAUUUCUGAGACCCCGGGAAUGGCGUGGCCGAUGAAGGACAAUCACCUCAAGCUCGCGUUUGCGACCAUCAGGAUGCAUGGGACGCACGUAUGCGUCCUACGCGCCCUCUCCCAUUUGACGGCGACGCAGAAGGUCUUCUUCCGGCACUCAGAGGAUGAUCAGUCGAAGGAGCGCAUGGUGUUCGAUAUCGCCAUAUACGAACGCUUGGAGGUGUGGCGCCAGGCCUACCACCAGGAAGUUUGCCAUAACCCCGACUGCCCGUCCGUACCUCGGCAGCCGGCGCAAGACAUGCGCCGCUGCCCCUGCUUCAACGUCCGCUAUUGCUCCAAAAACUGCCAACGCGCCGAUUGGGCCGAUCACAAGCGCUACUGUGUCGACGGUCCUAUGGGAAAUAGCUUAAUCCGGCUCACGCAAGGUGAUCUGACCUUUCGCGACGCUCACUUUGCGGCUUUCUACACCCGCUGGUAUGUGCUGAAGCACGCAUCAUACAUCGCGGAUAGCAUUGCGCGCGAGCUCAAGGAGGCGCCUCAUCCGGGAAGCCCCUACACCAUCCAGGUGACAGUCGAAGUCGGGUGCCUGACGUCCACAUACUCUGUCGCAUUGGAUAAGGAGCUCUUCGGGGACCAGGACAACUCCUACAUCGUCUUCUGUGCGAUGAUUUGGCGACCGCGGGGCCAUGUGUGCGCCCAAGUCAUGUCCAUGGACUGGGCAACGAUGAAGGAGCGGGCGGCGACGAGAGAUAGGGAUGGAGACGCUCACAUAGCACCGUAUUUUCCUUUGGAAAGGAGGGCCGACGAGGGACAUCCAGACCGACACUCACAGAGACGUUGA